CGUUUCAAUUACUUCCUGCUAGCUAUAGGACAGAUAGUAGAAAGUUGAUGAUUCAUAACUGAUCACUGCAGUAUUACAAUUAUAGUAAACUUAAAUAUUAACCUUCAAAUAAAGUGUGCAUAAAACAUGGAUAUUCUUAGAAAUUUCUUAUUUCACCUUAAUAUUUAGACAACAUUCAAUAGUUUGUAAAGAAGACAGAAUAGCUGCAGAUGAAGUGUUGUAAUCAUGGCAACAGGACAUGGACAUUCUGGUUCACCAGAAAAUAUUCUAAUGCAAGGAUAUUUAAAGAAGAGUGUACAGACAUCAGACAUUAUACCGUCUGCUUCGAAACAAAUUGCUAAAAAUAUUAAGCAGAGACUGGAACCAAAUCGCUGGUAUGUGUUUGUUGUGCGGAGUAGAGUUCCAUUUUUGGAGUUCUAUGACAAAGAAGAAAGUAUCUUUACGGGGCCUCCCAUUGAAUCACACAAUCUCUCGUCAUUCCAGAAUCUCUCGUAUACAAUGGGACGGACAAACACCAACUAUACAUUCUGUAUCUUUCUAGCAGACAGGACUAUUGAACUUACAGCACCAAGCAGGGCACAUAUGUUAGAGUGGUGUAGAUGUUUGGAAAGAAAUUUAAGGAACCUUGGACUGCGGAGUAAAAACUUGAAAGAGGACCAUCAGUAUACAGCAUUUCCAGUAAAGAGUAGCUACACACCAACACGUUCCUAUAUAGAUGACGAGCCUCCCUUUGACCCGGCUCCAUUGGAACCUGCCUUCGAGGAACAAUUAAUUGCCAAAAAUGAGGCCAGUACUAAUGGGGACGAGGCUGAGAAUCAUGAUUACCAAGAUGCUACAUCCAUGCGUCUAGAUGACAAUGAUGAGGCCAACAGUGAUGCAACAACUUUACCUCUACGGCCUCCACCUAGGUUACCAAAGAGAAAUAAAGCAAACGGUCAAGAAGAUGUGUUUGCCUCCCUCUCUACUGUAAGAAGAGAGGAAAUGUAUGGAAAUUUUGAAGGAUUUGAUCAUGAAAUGGAUAAGAAUGAAAUGGAACAGUUUAAUAAUCAUGCAGAUACUGAGGGUAACUCUGAUGAUUCCGAGGAAAGUGAAAAAGGGGAUAAAAAGGGUAUUCAUAGAAAAAGCGCUGAAGAUAUAAGUAAGAAUGAAGAUGUUGAAGAUGACGAAGAUCGAUGUACAAGUCUUCCAAAUCUGUCAACAGUUCAACAAGAGGCUGAUACUUCUGAAGAUUCUGAUUUUGUGUCAGCCUCAUUCUGGUUACGUAACAGAAUGCCAGAUUUUCAGGCAAACAAUCCACCUGAUGUCCCUCAAAGGAUUGAUUCAGUGACUGGUAUGCCUAAACCUAAACCAAGAAACUGUAAAUCUAUGAACAUGGAUUACUUGAAACCAACAUUAAGUUGUCAAAGACCCGUUAGUCCUACUUUAGAAUUACUUGGGGAUGCCCCGAUUCUUCCUGAAAGAAACAAUGGUGAAGGGGCUAUAAAAUUUGUCAAUAACAGUGCUAAUGCUACACAUGCUGAAAAAGUAGUUGUUUUAAAUAAUAAUGAAUGGCAUUCGGUGAAAAACAACAAUGAAUGGCAUUCGGUGAAAAACAACAGUGAUACAACUGUUAAAAAGCCUGUUUCAAACAGCUGUGAUAAUACAGAGUGUGAGGAUGAUGGUCUUUAUGAAACUCUUGCUGAGAAACCAAAGCGGCCGCCUAAAUUACCAGAAGGAUAUAGAGUAGUGAAUGGUACAAACCAAGACAAUGUCUAUGAAGCGACAUGGCAGUGUUCAAGUUCUAGGAGGAGAAAGAGUGAUGAUGAUGAGGAUGAUGAUUGCUGUAGUAAAGGACAAGAAAAACUUUUUGUUGCUAUUCCAGACAAGAACAAAAGCAAAGAUGAGUGUAAUGGACAUGUUGAAAUGAGACACAAUGGAACUGAUACACAUUCCCAUAAAAAAGGCGGAGUGUUAUCUAAAAUAUUCAAUAGGAAAUCAAUAAAAGAGAAAGAACUUCCAGAGCGACUUCUUGUAACAAUACCAGUAGAUGGAUCUCAGAAAUGCUCUGAUGGUUCUCAAAGAUGUAGUGGCAAUUCUAAUGAACAAACAGAGCUUUCUGUCGAAGAAAACUUAUAUUCUGAUUUUCCAACUCCCGGUGAUGAGCCGAACCCCACAAAUCUUGAUUCAGACAUAUUAAAACUGUCAUUAUUGGAAAAUGGGCCAGUGCCAAACAAUGAUAAAUCCCCGAUUGAACUUCCAAAAAGAAAUUUUGCUCAACAUCCAUUAAGGUCCUCUGUUGUGGAUAAUAGUACAAGACCAAAACAGAACUUUUCAGUUUCUAUGCAUGAUCCAAUACAGGGAUUUAAUCAGGAUGCCUAUGAGCCUAUGGAUCUAUCAAAAAGUGUUAAUUCUGACUAUCAAGGUAAGAGACCGCCUAUUCCCAGCCCUCCAUCUAAAAUUAUAUUAAAAAAGUUUGCUGAAAAAGACAGUUUUAGUGAAGAAACACCUAAAGCACCACCAAGAAGAAACAGGAAAACUGAUAAAUUGACACGUGAAAAUUCUGGUUCACCAGAGUCUCCCUGUCGUAGUCCUGGUCCAGCAGCUUCAUCAGUCUCUCCCGGAUCUCCACCAAUUCCAAAGAAAAGACAAAGUGUGAAGGCAGCUUUGAGUGCUUCAACAAGAGAACCGGCAUUACCACCAAGGAAUCAUCAUGAUGACAAACCAGCUGUUCCACCUCCACCAAGAAGGGGUGUUGUUUUAAGAGCUUCAUCAGAUGCUAGUGAGAAACAAGGGAGACUUAUUGCAGGAGGUGCGAGACCAAAGACUAUUCACUUGGCAUCACGCCAACAAUCCAUAAACCAGUCAUCAGCGGUCACUGUGAUGAACUUGAAACAGAAUCAGGUGGACAUUUUAAAAUCCGAGAUAGAAUCUACUGGCGGACUUGUGAAAGUUUUAUCCAAAGUGCACUUUCUCAGUGGUCUAGCUCUUGUGGAAUGUUUCAGCAAAAUAUGGAUUGCAGGUUGGGAUGUGAAGAAAUUUCCACGUCUCUAUGAUAAGUUCCAUAUAGGUGAUCAACUUAUUUCAAUCAAUGAUGUACAAGUUACAGAUCUUUCAUUUGCUCAUAAACUGGUGAAGAAUGUAAAAGCUGAAAAUAUUGAAAUCUCAAUACGAAGACUACCAAAUGCCAAGGUGUUUGCUAUCCAGAGGUCAGCUGAAGGUGAAAGUCUGGGUAUCAAGAGAGAUGGUGGUACAGCUGAGAUAUUGUAUAUAGACCCUCAUGGGCUAGCUUACAGACAUGGACUGGUCAACAAACCAAUGAGUAUGGAUAGUAGUGGGUUGUCUAACUGGACACUGACAGAAAUUAACAUGCGUCCACUUAAUCUCUUCUUCAAAGAUAGUGAGAUUGAGAGGAGGUUGCUGGCUGUGGGAAAAGAUAUAUCUAUAGUGGUACAACCAUCAGACUUUAUAAAAGACCUCAAAAAACAGCUGAAAAAGUUGAAGAGUUACAAAGACUUCCUGAUACAAUGAUUUAUGUUGUAUUCAGGUGAUGAUGAUGAUGCCACCUAAUUUAAGUAUUUAAUACUGUGAUUUCUGGCAAGAUUUUGUCAUUUUUUGCAUGUUAAGUCCAAUUUAUUAAAGACAAAUCAGAUAUAAUUUUUAAAACACUGUUUUAUGCUUUUAGACACUGUUUUAUGAUUGUGUUAAAUAUUUUAUAGAUAACACACCUUGAAUCUUUCAUCUCUAGAUAUGAAAAGGUAUAGAAAAUGCUUUAUUAUGUGUGCCUUUUAAGUGAUGAUGUAUUUAAUGUGAGAAUGUCAUUAAAUUAGUUGGCAUUGAUACUACAUCGUUGCUGGCUUGUGUAUGAAGGUCACCCAAGUCUUAGUUCUUCCUGCACCACCAUUGUAAGUGGAAUAACUGGAAAAUCUUUGUAUGACUGAGACAGUGUCAGUGGGAAAUAAAAAGCUAGCUAGAUAAAUAUGAUUAAUGUCAUAUAAUGUUAAACUGUGUUGUUUACAAUCAAUCCAAAGAGAGCAUGGUUUUUACCACAUUUUAUGUUGGUGCCAGAUCAGAUUUUUUUUUUGUGCCAGAAAUAAUAUUUGUUUGCAUAUGGUGCCAUUUGUACAUGGCAACUGGAACCGUUAACUACAGUGUAACAUUGAUAUCAACAUAGUGUGAAUAUUUUAAAUAAAUAAUGUUUAUUAUCAUUAGAAAGUAAAUAUGAAAGUCUCCGUGGUCGAGGGGUUAGAGUCGAUGACUUCUAAUCCAGUUACCUCUCUGGCGUGGGUUCGAUCCCCAGGAGAUGCUUUGGUAGUUUAGCAUGGAGGAAGGUAGUUAAGUACUGGUGUGACUCUCCAGGAACGAUGGUUAGGAAACUACCCGCCUAUAUGACUUAAAUACUGUUGGAAAAAGGCGUAAAAUGAAACAAACAAACAAAUAUGAAAGUAAUUAAAACUUUAUGUUUUAAAGAUUCAUGUUGAUUUUAAACUUUUCUAUUUGAAAAAAGAUUUGGCAUUUCUACACAAACAGUCAUUGUAAGCAUAAUAUUUGGUUACAAUUUCAACUUUCUUAUUAACUUUUGUUUUUUCCUGAAACUGCCACAAGCUUCAAGAAAAUAAUUGUAGGUAACUUUUACAAGGACCAUAACUCUAGUUUGAACUGGGGCUGAAUACACCUCUUCGUGAACAUAGUUCCUGCUUUAUAAAAGUCAAAACUUUUUAGAAAAGACAACAAUAAUUAAUCUGUCUAGUAUCUUUUUGUAAUAUUUUGAGCUCACUUCUUUUAGCAAUAAAUAUUAUCAAUUUUGCUAAUGCAUCUUUUAUAUAUAGACAGAUAUCUUUUAUGUUUUAUAGGAAUAUACUUGCGGUGGUCCCCAAAAAAAUGGGUCAUUGGGUCAAGGUUGCUGGUGCUAAAAAUAGUUUUUAACUCUUUCUCAUACAUGUACAUCCUAAUGGACUAAUGACUUUCAUAUAUUUGGUGGGUUCUUACCAAGUGUGUUUACUCCAAGUGGAGCAGGGGGUUACCAGGUUCAAGCAUUUUAGCAAUGAAUUGCUCCCAUUUCUUUGUCUUUAUUAUACUAUCCAACACUGUAAAAAGUGGAGCGUGCUAUCAGGGGACAUGUCUUGUUAAGUAUUUGUUUUUAUGCUGAUCAGGUAGAUGUUCGUUUUAUGAAAUUUGUUACAAAGAUUUGUAAUUUUGAUGUUUUAUUUUGUGUGUUUUUUUUCUGCAGAAAUGAAAUUUUUUAACCCUUUUCUUAAUUAAUCAUGAGCAUUAAUUUAUUUGCAUGAAUUAAACAAAUAGUGAAUUUAAGAAGUGUAAUGUUUGAUGCAAAUAUGAAGACCUCCGCAUAUUACCAAAGGCUAUGCAAGAUUUAGAAUAUAUUUUUAUGUAAGUGGAUAAGUAAUGUUUUUUAUACAUGUAUAAUCUAUCAUAAUUACAUGUAGUAUUUUUAGGUAUUUUUUAAAUACAACUAGAAGUUAAAGCAGCAUGCCUCCAGAUUCAUGCUUAUUUUCAUGAAAAUUUUGAAAAUAUUAUUAUUUAAAAGUAAAAUAUUGUGAAGUGAUCAAAGAAUGUAAUUUACACAUUGACAAAGCAAUUACACUCCACAUAAAUUACCAAAAAGAGGACAAAUUAUGCAAAAAUAGCUUUUACUCUGUGAGUCACAUAGACAAAAUAUGGUGAUAAAUACAGCAAUAUCUGUCAUUAAUUGCACAUAACCUGUAAAUUAUUACUUUAAUCUUGAAAUUUUUACUUUUCUUUAAAUUUUAGUACUUUUUCUCUCAAGUUUGAUUUUCUUGAAAUAUUUUUUGGCUUGUCUGGAGGCAUGCAGCUUUUAAGAAUGUUGCAUAUUUUUAUAACAAAUGUCUGUUUUAGUUUCUGAAACUAUUCGACCAUUUUUUGUUUGUUUCACCUUAGUGAUGCAAUGUAAAAAUGUUUUCUACUAUAACAUGUUUAUAUAGGGUAAUUAUCUAACAUGUUCUUGAAUGGACCUUAUAUAUUUUGGUGCCAUAGUUCCGUUAUCUCUAUCAUUAAAUGUAGGCAUUUAUUUCAUUUUAUAUAUUUUGUGGUUCUAUUUAUCAAAGUCAUUUACUCCAUGGAAGCAAAAAGACAUGCAAGAAUUUUUCAUUGCACCCUCAAACUAUACAAGAAGUUUUCAUUGCACCCUCAAACUAUACAAUAAUUUUUCAUUGCACCAUCAAACUAUACAAGAAGAUUUCAUUGCACCCUCAAACUAUACAAUAAUUUUUCAUUGCACUCUCAAUUUAUUACUAGUGUCUUAAACAUAAUGCCUAUUGCAUUGGAUAUUUUUUAAAUCUUUACUGCAUUUUUUUUUGGUUUUAUUUUUUUUUUACACACCAAAAAUAUUAAUGUUAACACAUGCUUUUUUUGCUGAGUCAUACACGUUUUCUAUCAGUAGAGCUUGAAAGUAAUAUUUACAUUAUCUGUGUGAACAACCAUAGGUUACUGUAAUAUGAUAACUGAAAUAUGACUGAAUUAAAAUGUUGCAAUUAUCAAAAUAUAAUUUUUACAGUAUCUCUGUGUUACUGAAAUUAUAAUGUGAAAUGUUUCACUAUAAAAAUAUCAAAGGAUUAAUUCACUGUUGAAUUUUGUUUUUGUGCAUGCAGAAGGAUAAAAUGAUUUUUAAAAUUUAAAACUGAAGUGUAUACUUCAUUAUCAUUACAAUUGUAAAGUGACUGUUUCAAGUACAUGUGAACAUUUGUCAUGGAGCUAUGUUAUAAACAUGUCUUCAUGUUGUAUAUUAUUUUGGGAAAAUGCAAGUUAUUUCAUCAUGUCUAACUAAAACGAAUCUUCAAAAUUAAUGUCAACAUUUUUACACUAUAAUUUGAUGAUAUAUUGAAGUAGUGUAUGAUGUGGUGCUGCAAGAAUUAGUGAAAUAAAAUAAUCGGGGUUAAGGAUGCUUGGGUCAAGGUCAAGGGAAGAAUUGGGUCAAGGUCACAGAGGGAAGAACUAGGUUUAACUUCUAUUAUCUUGACAGUAAGAACAACAUUUAACCCUGUUUAGUUAACCAAGAGAGUAUCCAUGAAUGUUGCCAAUAUUUUUGAAUGAUUUACUUGUAGCAAUUUAUAAAUAGUCUAAAUGAAUCUACAUAGUUUUAGUUAAAUUAUUUAUUGAAAAUCAUUCAAUAUGUACAAUAUGUAUGUACAUAUACUAAAUUGUAAAAAGAGUAAAUUGUAGAGUAAUGUUUUCAUUAUUUUUGUUACUACUCUGUAUCAUAAGUCUGUUACUGUUUACUCUGUAUCAAAAGUCUGUUACUGUUUUCCUUGUUUUGUUUGGUAGUUUGUUAUAGUUUAGUAACUUAUAUUACAUGUUUCAGGUACCAUUAGGUUUUGUUAUAACUAUGCCAUAUGAGCAGCGUCACAACAAAACCAACAUAGUGUGUUUGCAACCAGCAUGGAUCCAGACCAGGCUGCGCAUCCAUGCUGUUCGCUUACCAACUCUAUUACAAGUAGAGAAACUGAUAGCGAACAGCAUGGAUCCUGAUCAGCGCAUGCUGGUCUGGAUCCAUGCUGGUCGCAAACACUCUUUGUUGGUUUUGUCGUGACACGGCUCAUAUAAUGAAGUUGUUUUGUAUGUUGUUUUAUUUUUACUGAUGUUUCUAGAGCAUUGCUAUAUUUUGUUACAUAUACACAUCUUUACUGUUAUAAUACAAUAUAUUUAGUAAACAUUCAAAUUUAAAAAUAUUUUGAUGACAAUUUAUUUUGAGUUAACAGAUGUGUUGUAAACUCAUCAAUGACCCAGGUUUGAUUUGGUUUGUUUGGUUUUACAGCUCACCAACACAUUAUUGGUCAUAUGGCGACGAAACAGGAAAGAUGGUUUUUAGCUAACUUUGCAUGUUACAAACUUCAAAGCAACACCAGGGGUCAAAACCACCUCUCUUACUGGUGCUUAGAGAUGCUAAGAGAUGCAUAGACUCCAAUUAUUCAAACCCAUUUAGUUGUCUCCUACAAUCAUGCAGGGUGAAAUGGUGGCUGCAAUUCUUAUGCUUCAACCAUGAAAGUGACCCCUCAGGUGGUGACUGGGAACACUAUAUUUUAUAAUUAUGAACAUAUUUUAUACUGCUUGAUGCAGGUUAUAAUUUGAUAUGGGAGAUGUUACACAAUUCAUUGUCACUCAUGAACAGACUGUAGUCAAACUGAGUCAGAGAUUUUGCAUUUCAUUUCUGUAUUUGAUCUUCAUUUUAUCUCGAAAUAACAGAAAAUAAGAAGUAAUCAUAAACAUGUAGUGCUCCGCCUUGUUAGUUUAAUGGCAUUCCAACUGGUAAAAUGUGGUGAUAAAUAGCAAACUAUGUUAAUGAUGUGAUAGUAAGGCUGGUAAGGGUAUUUUAUUCUUUAAAUUUCACAGUUGUCAACAUCUUGUAUAUUUUGAUCAGGUUUUCAAACUUUUUGAUAAUAUUACUGGCCUUAAAAUAUACAAGAAAACAUUGAUAACUAAACAACUCAUUCAAAGAAUUUUAUAUACACUUCUUAUACACUGAUCAACAUGUAAAUUAAGGUGACUUUGUUAUGUUGAUUUAAAGUGAUUUUGUUAUGAAAGUCAGAAUUAUGUCAAACUUUUCAACAAUGAAAGUGUAAGUGCCUUUAAUUGUUUUAGAUUUUAUGUACUGUCCUAUAUGAUCUACACAGUUUUUAUAAGAUUCUAUUAGUUUUAAGCUAAUUGCUGUAUUUUUUGUAUAUUCAGUUAAAAUUUGAAAUAAAAUAUUAACAUGCCAUUUGAUAAGGUUAUUCUUUGUAUAUUUUUAUAGAUCUAUUUCUUAUAAUGAAUACAUUAAUUUUUAUUGAUAGUUUCCUGUAAAGUAUAUUAGUUUGCUGUUUUGUUUUGAUAUGAUCAGAUCAAAUGACUAUAUUUAUAAGCAGGCGGAUGAAUUAAAAAAGCAUAUAUACAUAUUCUCA